AUGUCAGAUAUCGAAGAAGAAAAAAACACUAAUCCAAACACUAAUUCAAACACUAUUCCAGAUAAAAAUAUAUUUUCGCAAGAAGAAAAAAACGAGAGAGUUUUGAAGUUAAAUAUUAUACAAGAAGUUUCCACUCAAAAUAAUUCAUUAGCAAGAGUAAUUAAGAAAUAUUCAUUUCUAAGUUUUUUACCUUUUAUUGGUGCCCUUGUCUGGGUUAUUUUUCUUCUCACCGCUCCUGACGGUAACGCUAUUUCUCAAACCUCCGAAAUUAUAAAGAGCAGUAUAACAGGGGCUACUAGCAUUGCAUCAGUUUUUUUGGGCAUAAGGGCGAUUUUUUUUGACAUGAGAUUAACCACAUCUACAGAACAAGACAAAAUUGGUCUUUUGCCGAAUGUUCUUGAUUCUGCCAUUUGUAAUUGUGAGUCUACGAUUGCAGCUUCUUGUGAUUUAGAUAAUAGACCCCUUUAUAAGAAACCCUUUAAUAGAUAUAGAGAUGAAACUUGCGUUGCCUUAAAGGAUAAUGAUUGUGCUAAAAAAGGAGAAGUGAUCGAAUGCUCUAAUACAAUAUUACAAUGUGAAGAAAAAGUCAAGCCGGAUUUUAAAGAAUGCGAGAAUUAUUAUUAUCAUGGUGAAGAUGAUAAUGCCAGCUUAAAAUUGGAAAUUUCUAUUAUAACCAUUGGAAUUUAUGGGAUAAUCCAUUGUUUUAUCAUGCAUCAAAUUUUGUUAAAUCCCAGUCACAUUAAUUAUUGUUUUGAAAAGGAUGUCAAACUUAAAUUAUUCUGUUGUAAAAGUUAUUAUAUUUCAUGUUGUAUUUUAACCCCUGAAGAUAAGGAAAAUUUAAGAAAUACUUUAAGUGGUUUAGCAUAA